GAGAGAAGGUAACUGUUACCAAAAGAGUGUCAGAUGAAAGCCAGUCGCCAGUUCGUGCACACCACGUAUACACUGCAAAAACUUCAAAGGCACGUGCAGGUGGGCACGAGGACGUUAAUGACAAAGCUCCACACAGCAUUUCAUCCAAGGAUAUCCUCUCCUCACGCUCACAAAGGAACUGAUAGAGUUGGAGCUCCCUUUCUUGUUUUUCUCCACUACAAAGACAUGUGAUGGAAUAAGGGGCCUUAAACUGAAGAAGAGCAAACUAAGGCGCUUGCAAAAACCUAACCUGUGAUUGUCUUUUUGGAGUGAAUCUUCUCUCCUUAACCGGAUGACAUGCCUUGACUCGACACCCACCGUACCAUGGCAGGUUUAGUCUCCACUGUGUGUUUGGUGGUGAUGCCCAAAGCUCUCAUGCACACCCACAGCCAGCGUGCUGCGCUUCUGGUGGUAACGGUGUUGUUAAUAGUGAUCGCAGCUGACUUACCUGGGGCAGAUGAAUCUCCUUUGGACUCUACACAUGAUCCCAUGGGAUUUCUUGGAGAUAUCCAAAGUCCUACAUCAUCACCAUUAGCCUUACCUGACUCGCAUUAUACUGCCUUUGAGACUCUAGACUCACCUGGUGCCCUCCCAUCCAAUCCUGAACCAAGGACUGCUGAUAACAUUCAUAGGGGGCAUAUUGCAUAUGAAAACUCCAAAGUCAUCAUGUUAAGAGAUGCCUCUGCAGAAGAGCCAAACACUCUGACGACUCCAACCUUAAGACCAUCUGUACCUGUGCGGGAGUCUAGUCCACAGUUUCAACGACCAGCUGAACUCUCCUUAGGCUGGAAGCUGGCGAGGUCAUCUCUCUCAGAAGCUCAAACAAAGUCCCAGCUACAGCCUUGGGAAAAUAUAUCCAUAACAUCAGUAAAGCCUUCUCCAACACCCCAGCUAGGGCUUAAUUCUGAGAAAAGGAUGACCUUCCAACCUGAAGGGCCUCUCGGGCCACCAUUUCAGACUUUCACAGACCUUUUAGCAGAGGACUCACAUAUGAAACCAAUGCAUGCAGACCAGCUGAGCUCCAGUAAUCCCCCACUGGAAAACAAACAUGCAUAUGAUAUAAACAUGCUACCCAACCCAGAUGAGAUUCAGUCUCCUGGCUACAAGGUGCCUUUCAUCACCCCCCACCCUGCAUCACCUUCAUCUGAACCCACAGAGCUCUCUCCAGAGGACUUCUACCCCACCAACACCAUGGAAGUAGACUGGGGGUCUGGGGACUACUUGGAGACAAUGUCUUUUUUCAAUGCAGAUAGAGAAGACUAUUCUCUGGUCACCAAGGUGCCCUCCGACUCAUAUGAUCUAGAAGACUAUACAGAAACUUAUGACACGUCCUUCCCUUCCAGAGUGGGCAUAUCUCCCUCAUCCCUGAAUCCUCUGUACGUUUCCCCUUCCCCCAGCCUCGUGACAGCGUACAGCACCGUAGUUUCUCCUAGAUCUAUUUAUCCUUCCUCAUUUUCAGCAACAGUUCAGUUUUCCCUGGAACCUACUCCAACACCUAACAGUGACGUGCCUGACAUUUCAGACGUAGAUUGGUCAGAUACGUACACAAUUCAACCGACAGAUGUCCUUUUGCCAGACAUGAACAGCUUGGAAUAUUAUAACAAUCAGCUGACCAAGGAGAAUAACGUUUCAGAAAGCGGAGCUGAACACAGGGGGAACAUUACUGUGGUGUCCAUCAGUACUACAGACAGCACACCUAACAACAGCUUCAGCAAUGAUACAAAAGUGAUUGAAGAGGAGUCCUCCAGUGAUCUCUCGGGGCUUGAGCCUCAUGAUGAAACGAGCUUUGUAGUAACCACAGAGGAGAGUCCUCAGGUGGCCAAUGCCUCUCAGCCUUUUCUUGAUCCUUCCAUAGUCCCAACGCAUUCCCUCCACUCCUUUUCUUCUUCGGAUGGUCAGGUGUCCACCACAGAUUGGUCUGCACAUACAAACAACGUUGGCCUGGAUAGCACUCCAAUUACAGAAGCUGUGCAGCCAAGUACAACGCCUUUGCUGCCAGACGAUUUAAAUUUUGCCUCCUCUCUUACGUAUGUUCAUUGGUAUGUUACAGAGUCUCCCCCAAAAAGUACUAUGGAUGCAACUGCUGUCUUAACUGCAACUAUAGACUUCUCCCCUGUUCCCACUGAGCCUGCUGCCAAUAGUACAGCCGGUACAACAGAAUUAGUUCCUGAAGAGUCUGCUUUUACCAAUGAUCCAACUCUCAAUGCAACUAUAGUUUCAACUGAAUCCACGCCUCAGAAUGUGACUCUGCCCCCUCCAUUUGUGAUGGGUGAUCAGGGGGUGACUGAAGAUGGAGUUGACACCCCAGCCACACUGACCUAUAUCCCAACCAGUAGUGUAGUUAAUAAAGUCUCUACUACACCCACAAGUACACCUGCCACAACUACUCCCCAUCAAGCCACAACCAGAAUUACUGCCACCUCUGAAGCCUCAACUAUUGUCAACAUCAUCUCUACCACUGUUGGUAAAAUCACAGCUAUAGCACCAACAUCAAGAUCGUACCUCUGCAACGUUAACAAACCCGCUUAUUUGAUCAGGAUCGGUUUUCCAGCCGGGGCCACUGUAGGAUAUGCUAAAUCUCAGGUCAGAGACAUUUUGAAAGGGGAAUUUAACAAAUCAGUGGAACUGCAAGUUGUGGAUCCACCACCAAAAUUUGUGUUUCGAGUGGUGUCGGGUCCGGUCGUGUACACAGGCAUGUCUGUCGUCAAUGCACUGAGGAGGUCGGGGCGCCGCUUCUUGUCUGUUUCGCCAAACUGGUCGACGCCAGAUAGAAAUUAUCAAGUCCACUCAGUGUUGCAGUUUGUUCCUGGACACGUAGACGUGCGGUUCUGCAACUUCAGUGAGAGCAUCGAGAGAGGUUUGACCAGGGCCUUCGCCGAAGUCCGCAGGCGAUCAAAGGAGUCGACUAAUUUCACAGUGCAUAUUGUAAACAUCACCAUGGCUGCUCCCAUAUACGAGGAACAAGGACUAGCGAGGAAACCGGUGGACAUUACUUUCACUGUUCGCAGUUCAAGGAGUUAUCUGAUGGGGUCAGAGAUCAGCAGUGCUCUAAUGAAACUCACUAUGGUGGAAUUCAGCUAUUACAUGGGCUUUCCUGUGCUGCAGAUCGCUGAGCCUUUCCAUUAUCCAGAGCUGAACACCAGCCAACUGCUUCGCUCUUCCUGGGUUAGAACAGUACUCCUGGGUGUGCUGGACCAGAAAGUGGGUGAGAGGACCUUUCAAGCUAACAUGGAGCGCCGGUUGGCCCUGUUACUCGGUGAAGCAAUAGGAUCAGUCAGACGGGUUAAAAGGGCCACCACCAUAGGCAACAGUAGUGUUCAGGUUGUAAGCACAAGCCGGUUGGCGGGUACUGACCUCCCCCUCGAAAUAGUGUAUUUUGUGGAGGGGCCUAGUGGUCAGAGGAUGCCUGCAGAUCAGACUGCUAGCCUGCUUAACAGCCUGGAUGUCCAAAGAGCCGCUAUUGUCCUGGGAUAUCGUGUACAGGGCAUAUUGGCACAACCUGUCGAAAAAGUGACAUCUUCACCCUCUGACAAUGAGAACACAAACAUGUGGAUCAUCAUCGGGGUUGUGAUCCCCCUCCUCGUGGUCAUCGUCAUCAUUUCCAUCCUUUACUGGAAGUUGUGUCGGACAGACAAGCUGGAAUUCCAGCCAGACGCCAUGACCUCCAUCCAACAGAGACAAAAGCUGCAGGCUCCCACCGUUAAGGGCUUUGACUUUGCCAAGCUGCACCUUGGCCAGCAGAGCAAGGAUGAUGUCAUGGUGAUCCAGGAGCCUGUCCCGUCUGGCCUCGGGCCCGUCCAAGUAUCCAUUAAAGAUGGCCUCAGUCCAUCUGAGAACGGGGAGAUCCCCACUCCCAUUUCCAAAACGUCCGCUUCCUCCACAAAGGCGUCGCGCAGUGGUCGAAGGAGAGGAAGGAUCUCCUCAUCAGAUGGCGACUCUGUGUUAAGUGACCAUUCCAGUGAGCGGGAAUCAACUGAGGAGAACCUGAGAGCCCAGGCCACGCCCAGCGACAGCAAGCAGACCCGUAAGGUCCCCAUCAAUGUUUUAAACGGCAAGAAUAGAAUUGGUCCUCCUCCUAUGAACGAUACAAAUGAGCAGCUGUCUUCAGCCUCCAUCUUUGAACAUGUUGAUCGGAUAUCUCGUGGCACCGACGCAAGCAGGAGACUCCCCAAUAAAGUCCAGCUUAUCGCCAUGCAGCCUAUGCCUGUCCCACCACUCCACAGUCCGCCCGUCAAUGGAAAAUUGUCAGACACAAACCAAAUGACCAAAGAGAUCCAGGUAGCGUUGAGGCACAAGUCAGAAAUUGAGCAUCAUCGUAACAAGAUUCGUCUUCGCGCCAAGAGGAAGGGCCACUAUGACUUCCCAGCUAUGGAUGACAUAGGCGGUCUUGGCGAUGCAAAGGAUCCAGAUCGUAUUUAUCGCAAAGAACAGAUGCAAAUUGAUAAGAUCCUGGACCCGGAUGCUCAGAUGCCCUCCGUCUUCAUGGAACCCAAGAAAAGUGGUCGAGGCAGGCGCUCACCAAAGCAGAGGAUGAAAGACCAGAUGAAUGGAGGCAUGAUGGAAGCAGACAAAGACCACCUCAUCACUGAAGACACUGAUGCUGCUUACAGAAAGUGCCCCGGGGUCAACAAUGUGGCCUAUGUGUCGGACCCUGACCAAGGCCCAGGAUCCCCUCACAGGAGUCCUUCCCCCACAGAUGAUGUCUUCCCAGCCCCCACUUCCUCUCCUCCCGGCCAUGCCCCUCCCCCACCACCGUACAUGCCCCCACAGCCCUCCAUCGAGGAAGCACGGCAGCAGAUGCACUCCCUGUUGGACGACGCCUUCGCUCUUGUGUCACCCACUUCUCAGGGCAGCACUGCUGGGAUCACUCUCCCAGGGGUCAACAGCAACCCUCCUAACUCUAGCCCUCCAGGUCAUGGGCCGAGACCUUGGGGUCUUUCCUACCAAGCUUUCCCCAGCAGAUUCCCUGAGAUGUCCUCUGCUGCAGUGCAAGGCAUGGCAACAAGGCAGGGCCUUGGCUCGAGCUACCUGCCACCAGGAGAAACAGCGGGGCACGGUGAGCAGCUCCAGCCAGACAGCCUGUACUCCAGCAGGGGCCUCUACGCUGAUGAACUGCCCUCAUCUGCCAGACCGCGUCCAGUGGGAGGAACCACAGGUGCCCAGCUCCAUCAUCUUGCACAAGUGGGUCUGUCCAGUCGGAUGAAUGGUUUCCCAGCAGGAGUCAGGGCUGCUCCGGGCCAGAAUGGAGGCUUAGGCUGGAACCACUAUCAUGAUGACAAUUUCUCCAGAGCAGAAGCUGAAAAAGAUGCAAUUCACCGGAGUGGUAUCAGGGAGCCCACGGCCCCCCCGACCCAUCUAGAUGGUGUGGGUUAUCUGACAGCCCCCCCACCUCUGGAUACUUCUCCUCCCACUCAUUCCUCUGCCUCCUUGAUCAAGGCCAUCCGGGAGGAGCUUCUGCGGCUCUCGCAGAAGCAGGCGGCUGUGCCCAGCUACCACAGCUGAAGUCCUGGCUUCUAGUGUCCUGCUCUAACCAGUCAUGUCACUGACCCUGCCUGCUUGCUUCACCUAAUCUGACAGUGCUUCCCAUGGAAGUCCAUUAAGCUGUACAGCAGAGAGAUAGUCCUGCUAAAGUAGAGAGGUUUGCUCCUGAGAAACUGCAUAACAGGAUGGCUGAUAGAGACUGAGAUCAGCUGCAGUAGAGUACAGCUGACCAGAGAUGACGUGAAACCGACGCGUGAACUCGACAUGCCCGUGUUUCUUUCCUGUUCUUUACCGUGGACCAGGGAGCGCUAAUGUCACGUACUGUGGACGUCGGACUUGAUUUUGCUGCAUUUCCUCUGACUCUGUGUCAUAGUUUCAACUUUAUGUCGCCUUCACAAACAGAAAUACAGUGUCAGACUGAAGUCACAAUGUCUUUUUACAUCACAUAACUUGAUGUAUUUCUUCUUUUUGAUGCAGACGCCUAACUUCCUUUCCACCAUCAGGUGCUUCCUGUCUUCUGCCAUGAUGAGCCAUGUUAUGCCUUGACACUGUGAUACAGUUCAGGUGACCAUACCUGCUGUUAGAGCCUACAGUAAGACCAUAGUUCACAGCCAGCAAGCCAGUUCAGACAGCAGGCAAAAAAGGGGCAUCCAUACACAGUAAUAACACUCAUUAAUGCUACCUAUUCUGUCCUUACUUACUACAGUAAAACAGUGUUCGACCUCUCGGCUUACAAUAUAUACUUUUUCAUGUUAAAGUGCUGUUUUUUUUUAUUCGUGUUGAGAAGCUACUUGAUGGUUAAGCAAACAGGAGAAGAAAUCAGCCUUUAAGCAGAUCAAACCGUUUCUGAGCAAGUUUUAAAGACGCAGGCACAGAUGUGGUACAAAUAAUAAAAGGUGACAUACUUGAUGAUUAUGGUCAAUAUUUAA